UUUCACCUGUGUAUUUUAUGGCCUCAAUAUUUUUUGCAGUUGUAGUUUAGGAGUACAAGGAUUAGGCUCAGCUAAUGAGUGAAAAGUAGCGUCUGUAACUAAAACCUACAAAACACCCUGACCUUCAACAUUUGGAAUCCCCUGUUGCCCACAAUCAGUGUCUUGUGGGCCACACCUGUAUAUAUCCAACAUCAUUCUCAAGCUGAAAAGGUUGCUUCCCUUCCUCGAGGCCAUGGCUAGUCUAAACGAUUUUAGUGCGAGGUUUUACUCCUACAACAAGAUGUACAGUUAUGAAAUGCGACUCCAGAGCUUUGCCGAUUGGCCUUUUCGUGAGGAAUGUCAAUGCACACCUGAAAUGAUGGCGACGGCAGGGUUCGUCCACUGCCCCAGUGUGAACGAGCCUGAUGUGGCCUGCUGCUUCUUCUGUCUCAGAGAGCUGGAGGGCUGGGAGCCUGAGGACAACCCAUGGUCUGAGCAUAUCAAACGGUCUCCUAACUGUGGCUUCCUGGCCAUGAAGAAAGACUUUGGGGAGCUGACUGUGGCUGAGUUCUAUCACCUGGAGCAGGAGAGACUGCGUAUCUACAUUAGGAAGACUAUCCAUUUGAAGAUCGCCAAUUUUCGAGAUGAGGUGGAGAAAACCGUUAAUUACAUGAGGACGCUGUUUGAUUCGGGAUCUGUAAUGUAGUUGUAUAUUUUAGCCUUGGGUGUUUUAUCUGUAAAUAUUUUAGUGAAUAAAGCUCUUCUAUUUUCUACCGUGUUA